AUGGCCGCAAAUCUGACCAACCAAAGUUUGGCGGGGAAGGUGGCCAUCGUCACCGGUUCCUCGCGAGGUAUUGGUGAAGAAAUCGCAUUUGAGCUGGCGAAGAACGGAGCCAAGGUCAUGAUCACCUACACGUCCCAAUCAAGUGCUCCACGCGCUGAGGCGCUCGUCGCCCGUAUAGCAGAGUUGGACAAUGGCGCUGCGGCGGCGACCGUGCGCGCCGAUCUGCGCCUUCCCGAGUCCCCUGCUACCAUCAUCCGUGCUACUCUCGCCGCUUUCUCCGUCCCUGGGAUUGACAUCCUCGUCAACAACGCCGGAGUCGACAUCGUCCGCCCCCUGCUUGGCUCAACCAUCGCCGACUACGAGCAUGUCAUGGACGUCAACGUGCGCGCCGUGAUCUUCAUGACAGAGGCGGCAAUCCCGUAUCUUCGCGCCCCUGCGCGCAUAAUCAACAUCUCGUCCGUGGCUGGUCGGCGCGGAUAUCCUGGCUACACGCUGUACAGCGCAAGCAAGGGCGCUCUCGAAGCCUUCACUCGCGCCUGCGCGGCGGAGCUGGGAUCUGCGGGGCACUCCGUGAAUGCUGUCGCACCGGGGCCCAUCCUCAGCGACAUGUUCGACUCGAUCCCGAAGGAGUUCGUGGAGGCGCAGAAGCAGCGAACUGCGAUGCAGAAUCGUAUAGGCACUACGGAAGAUGUGGCGCCCAUUGUGGCGUGGCUCGCUCAGGAGAACUCGAGGUGGGUAACGGGGCAGACGAUAUCUGCUACUGGCGGAUGCGAGAUGCUAUGA